AUGAAAAUGAGUGAAGAGAUCGAACUCGAGGUCGAAGAACAGGUGAUCGAAGACGACAUGAUUGGCUGUCUCAUCGAAGAGCAGUUCCAGGAGAUCGCCGAAGAGGUGAUGAUCGACGACGAGGACGUCGAAGAAGAGGUGGUGUUGAGCGCAGAGAACGGCAUUGACUUCGAGGACGAAGAGAUCGGCGAACGCGAAGAGGAGGAGAACUCGGAGAACGAGCUGUUGAUCGACGCGAACGCCGCCGACGGCAAAGUGGGCGAAAACCAAGUGUACCAGUGGUCGGCCUUCACUGGACUGCGCGUGAAGAGCUUCUCGGCGGACGAGUUGUCGCACUUCAGACGGCCGUUCGAGUUGGGAUGGAGGCGAGAGGUGGUGUUGAGGGGAACGGUGACGAGCAGUGGCAAGAAGAUCGGCGACGUCUACUACUUCUCGCCCGACAAGAAGACGAAACUGCGCUCUUAUGUGGAGAUGGGAUUGUUCCUGAAGAAGGCCAGCUCGGGGUUGGCGCCCGAGAACUUCACGUUCGCGCGACAACCCAUUUAUCGCCCGCCGCAGGAGAUCGUGCGCCACGCCAUGCAAAGGGGCGGCGGAACGCACACUCUGACGGCCUCCCACAUCAUCGACUCGGCGCCCUUCACGCCGGCGCCCGUUGUGGACGAGGCGGCGCUAGUGUCGCCCUCUGCCAGUCGUUCGGCGCGCAACUCGACGGCCAGCGAAUCGGAAGAGCAGUUCUCGAUGUCGAUAGCGGAGGGAAGAGCGAAGAGGAAGCGCGUGGCGCCGACGCGCUUCGAAGACGAAGACUACUCGGAGUCGCCGCUGAAGAAGAAGGGCCAGAGAGGGGAACGGCCUUCCAUUGGCUCGAACGGCGUUCCCACAGCCAAUCCGGUGUCGAGUUCCAAAAGUUCAAACUCGACCCAAAAGCCGACGAUUGGUCCGAAACCGCAAUUGUCUCUUCAGGAAAAGCGACGACAACUGCAACACCAACUUCUACAACAAGUUCACGAGCAGACCAUGAAGAAGGCGGCGCUCGAGACGGCGAACAAAGCGCCGGAAAAGCCGACAGUGACGCCGCCUAACGGAGAGAACGUGGAAACUGUGGAGAAGUCGGAAAAAGUGGAAAAACCGGAAAUAAUUGCCGAAAAAAGCGAAGAAAAAAGUCCGGAAAUAAACGCCAAAACGAAUGUCGAAAUUCCGGAUUCGAAACCGACGGAAGAAAAGCCGGAAAUCGCGGAAAAAGUGGACGAAAAAGAGCCAAAAGUGGAGGAGGAGAAGACGACAGCGGAAGUGGUGGACAACAGCGCGUCGACGACGAGUGGCGCCCCCUGUUCGAUGCACUGCCCCGGCCGGCGCGGAAUGCUGCCGAACCUGAUGUGUUCGCGCUGUUUCUGUUUGUAUCAUUUGGAUUGCGUUCCCAAAGGCGUGUUCCUGGAAGAGCCGCGAGUCUUCGUGUGUCCCAACUGUUUGAAACCCGAAGACACGAACCGUUCGAACGCCAAAACCAACGGUUUCUCUUCGGACAACUCGGAGUCGCUUCUGAUCCCCAAAACACAACUCUUCGUCCAGAACUCGGCGCCCAAUCACAUCCCAAUCAAGUCGCGCUCCACUUUCGCGCCCAUUCUGCCCAAACCGCCGAAUCUUCAGAAUCAACACAUCUUUCAGCAAACCGUGAAACACAAGAGACAGCAGUUCUCGGCGUCCACUCCUCUCGCGCCCUUCAACAAGAGCGCCGCCAUGAACGUGAAGCUGCCGAUCGGGACGCACCUGUACCGCGUGGCCACCGGCCCCAACGGCCACUCCAUGAUCGUCAAGGACAAGUCCAUCAAACCCAAAGUGGCCACCGCGCCGGCGCAGCGCCCGAACGGCAACCCGAAGCGCGCGCCGCAACUCUCAUCCCUUCCGCAUUACAAGCCGGCGCCCAUCGCUCCGAUCGGACCUAUGAAGCACACGCCACAGGAGCUCGAGCGCCAGUUGCGCCGCUUCCUCGAGCCGGCGGUGAAAGACAGGAAGAAGCGCGGAUAUCGCGAUUGGAUGAAUAAAAGGCGCUCCACAGUGACGUCACUCGUGACGCCGUACGCGUGUCUCAACCACGUGCUGUCGUACCUGACUGUCGCCGAUUUGGUGCGUUUGCGUCACGUGUCGCGCGAUUGGUUGCACCUGUCGUCGCAGCCCUUCCUGUGGCGCUGCGUUCGCCUGAAAGGCAUUCCGGUCAACGAUUGGCUGUUUUUGGCGCGAAACAUAGUGGAAGUGAACGCGAGUCUGGAGCUGGACUUCGACGCCGUGAAGAGCGGCACCGAUUUGUGCGACUUUUGGCGCAACUUCUCCACAAUCGUCGACUACAUCAAGAGCGUGCGGACGCUGCGCUUCGGCGCCAUCCCGACGUUCGUGUUGGAGGAGGUGGUGAACGCGGCCGUCACAGACAACCCCUACAACUCGUUCGCGCACUUGGAGACGCUGUCUGUGCGCCACUGCUUCGAAGAGGAGUCGGAAGGCAAACAGUGCUCUCUGCACUUCCUCUCCGACUUCCAGACCCUCAAAGCGCUGAAGCACUUGCACGUCAACUCCAAGAACGGCUUCAGCGGCGACGCCGACUCCGUGCAGCUCCUGUCCAACGUGUUCGCGGAGAUGGCGCUCCAGUCGCUGGUCAUGACGUCACUCAAGGACUUCUCGUCACGUGAUUUCGUGUUUCUCCGAUCGCUGAAUGGAAUCGAAAGUCUGGAAAUCGGUUCGUGUCAACAAUGGUUCCACACCGACGACGACGUCACCGUAGAGGACAACGCGCAACCGGAGGACGGCCUGAAGGGGGCGUUCCUCUAUCUGUCGGAACUGCAAACGCUGCGCACUCUGCGAUUGGUCGACAUUUCGAUCGACGAUUUGUCGACUUCUUUGCCGAAAACACUGGAAUUGCUGUCGAAUCUCGAAUCGCUGACAAUCGACAAUCUGCGCGUCGAGGCGUCGGGCGUGCAAGUGCUGGACCGGAUCUGCGCCGUGAUUGGCGCGCUGCCGCUCACGUGGUUGUCGGUGUCGACGGGCGACGCCCACAGCAACCGCUUGUGUUGCGAAAUGCUGAAGAAGUGCGACCAGAAGGCGCUGCGCGUGGAGUGGAAGGUGGAAGUGCUGGUGGAGGACAGCGGCGAGUGCUUCGUUCCGUUCCACAGAGACGACAACGCGGACGACGCGGACGUGGAGGGCGAGGGCGAGGAGGCGCGCGACGUGCGCUACAUGGACCUGACGUUCCUGAACGAGCUGCUGCAGUCGGAACUAAGCCACGCCUCCAUCGAGAUCAUUCCGCAAUGAAAUAUUUAUUGACAAUAAAAACAAC